GGUUCCUCUGGCCACUUCCAGGUGACAGUUCAGCCAUGAACCCAGAUCUGAGCAGAGAGCGGGCUGCAGCCUCAUUCAACCCAGAAACCAUCACAUACAUCCUGGAUGGGUCCCCAGAGAGAACCAGGAGAAGGAGAGAGAUUGAAAGUCUGGUGCUCAACGACCCCGAUUUUCAACAUGAGGACCCCAAUUUCCUGUCUCGCAGCGAACGCUACGAAGUGGCCAUUAAGAAAAGUGCACAAAUGAUACAAAAGAUGAGGGAGCAUGGGAUAUCGGACCCUGAAGAAAUCUACUGGUUCAAGAGAACCUGCCUGGGCUCACAGACUGACCCUCUUGCCUUACACUCUAGCAUGUUCAGAGACAUGAUUGAGAAACAGUGUAACGUCUCUCAGAGAAUGAAAUGGCUACCACUUGUCCGAAAACUACAAGCCAUUGGAACGUAUGCCCAGACUGAGCUGGGUCAUGGAACUCACUUGCGAGGUCUGGAGACCACUGCCACCUAUGACCCUUCCACUCAGGAAUUUAUCCUCCAUAGUCCUACUGUGUCCUCAAUCAAAUGGUGGCCUGGAGGCUUGGGUAAAACCUCAAACCAUGCUGUGGUACUGGCUCAAUUGUACACUCAGGGCGAAUGCAAGGGUCUUCAUGCCUUUAUUGUACCUAUCCGUCAGAUGGGCACCCAUGAACCACUGCCAGGUGUAGAAGUUGGAGAUAUCGGCCCCAAAUUUGGUUUCGAUGAAACCGAUAAUGGGUUCUUGAAAUUUGAUAAGUUCCGGAUCCCACGAGAGAACAUGUUGAUGAAAUAUGCACAGGUAAAACCAGAUGGCACGUAUGUGAAGCCAGUCAGUGACAAGCUGACAUACGGUACCAUGGUGUUUAUACGCUCAAUGAUUGUAGGAGACUCUGCGCGGAGCCUGUCCCGUGCCUGUACCAUCGCCGUCCGUUACAGUGCUGUGAGACACCAAUCUGAGAUCAGAGCUGGGGAGCCAGAACCACAAAUCAUGGAUUUCCAGACUCAGCAAUACAAGCUAUUCCCAUUACUGGCCACUGCGUAUGCAUUCCAAUUUGUGGGGUCUUACAUGCAUCAAACAUACCACAGGAUUACUGGUGACAUCCAACAGGGUAACCUGAAUGAGCUGCCUGAGCUUCAUGCCCUCUCUGCUGGCUUAAAAGCCUUUACGACAUGGGUGGCCAGCGCUGGCAUUGAAGAGUGCAGGAUGGCAUGCGGUGGACAUGGUUACUCCCGCUGCAGUGGAAUACCCGAUAUCUACGUGACCUUCACUCCAGCUUGCACGUAUGAAGGGGAGAACACUGUAAUGAUGCUUCAGACAGCCAGGUUUCUGGUGAAGAGCUACAAUGCCGCUGUCUCUGGUGAACGCCUUGGUGGGAUGGUCUCUUACCUCAAUGAUGCCUCCUCACAGCGUGUGCAGCCCCAGCCCCUAGCAGGCCGAUCAUUGGUAACUGAUAUCAAUGACCUAGACAUGUUGGUAGAGGCCUACAAACAGCGAGCAGCUUGGUCAGUUGCAGGUGCCUCUAAAAGAGUGAAUUCUGAUUUGAAAAGAGGAAAGCGUAAAGAAGAUGCUUGGAACAAGAACUCUGUGGAUCUGGUGCAAGCAUCUCAGGCUCACUGCCAUUAUGUGGUAGUAAGACUCUUUACAGCCAAGCUGUCUGAACCACAUGAUGCAGCUGCUCUUCGCAUCUUGAGUUCUCUCUGUCUUCUCUAUACUCUGCACGGAAUCAGCAGGAACAGCGGGGACUUCCUUCAGGCUGGCCUUCUCAGUGCAUUGCAGAUAGAGCAGGUCCACCAGAGAGUCAAGGAUCUCCUGGCUGUGAUCCGACCCAAUGCAGUCGCCCUGGUGGAUGCAUUUGAUUACACAGAUGCUCAGCUGGGUUCUGUGUUGGGGAGGUACGAUGGGAAUGUCUAUGAAAACAUGUUCGAGUGGGCCAAGAAGUCACCAUUGAAUAAGACCCAGGUGCACCCAUCAUACCACAAGUACCUCAAACCAUUGCAAUCCAAGCUGUGAUUGGUCUUCAAACAGCUCACACCGGUAGAAGAGUCUGACUACUUGUAAUAUUCUGAGUUCUGUGUCUUAAAAAUGAAAUGGAAUCAUUCUACCAACUGCUACAAAAUUAUCUUAAUUGAUGGGAGUUGGGUAUACUGUAAAAUAUAUUCUUGAGUCCCAUUCGAGAUCUUGCAACUUUUGUGCGUUGCAAACUCAUGUUGUCUUGUCAAUGUAAUUUAUCCAGAUUAUCCAGCUUUGUAACCAUCUCUCACUCAGAAGCUGUAACAAACUAAUUCAUGGGUUUUCUUCAUUGCUAUGGCAAACAGUUGGGUACCAGUGUGAGCUAGUUCCAUCAAGAAGCUUGUUUCAAAUUUGGAUUUUUGAAUUUGGACCUUCUUGAUUUCAAAGACUGUCUGUGAAACACAGUUGGGGCUAUUUAGUGAAAUGUGAUUUGUGGAAAAUGUAAAAAUUCUCCAGCUAUUAUUCCACUUAAAGUAACAGCUACACUAAAGCCCAUCUGUAGAGUGAGUGCUUUGUGAAUCCAACUUUACCAUCAUAGGAUGUGUUUAGGGCACAUGUGUUUGUACCCAUUCAACAUGCUAACUGACCAGUUCAUUCAUUUAACAAAGGACAACUGGAGGAACCUGACAAAUGAUCUAGUGCUUAGAACUCUAUUAACUAAGGAACACACAAAACAUUACUUUAUCAUUGAUCCAUAGCCAAAAAAUAUGUACUGCUCUUAAGAUGUACUUGGGUGAGCAACACUACACAUUUGGUGUUAUUUACUAAAGAGAGAAUUCAGACUUAUUUUCAUCUCUAAGGUCAAAAAGGAAAAAAGUCUCAGACUGCUGUGCUACGAGUUCAGCUACUGUGGCCUUAAAUUUGAAAUCACUUUGAAUUCUCACUAUAUUUCAUAACCAUGUUUCUUAUGGCACUUAGAAUGUUAUAUAUACAUUUCCACCCAGGUACUCGCUCAUUCCUGUCCACUCGUUUUUAGGCAUGGAAAUUUGUAACUAUGCAGCCAGUGUAAUGGAUAGGAUAAAUAAUGUUCUCCUAACUCAUUAUUAUUUUAAUAUUUCUGUACUGACCUUCACGAUGCUUUAAGGAUGAAUGUAGGAAUAACAUGGGAAAUGCAGAGUGAUAAAGUAUGUUAGAAUUACAGACUAGAAAAACAAGGUGAUAAUUAGACUUAAAUUAAGUGUAAUUAAUCCUGUAAUAAUGUAUUACUCUGUCAAUAAACCUCACUGAUUUCUU